AUGGAGAUGAGGGACAGUGAUCCUGAAGCAACACACAGGGCAGAUCUGAAAAGGAGUGAAGAGGCCCUACAGCGAAUGAAAAGUAAAGUGAUCGCCGCUGAAUAUGCGAGGUUGCUUCUGCAGGAACAUGGGCAGCAGAGUUCAGAACGUACAUUGGGCGGGUCAUGCUCGCAGCCUAAUCAACAGCAGCACUCUACGUUCCAACCAUACUUGCAACCUGGCGAGCAGCAGCAGUCUGCAGACUUGACUGAUGAGCUUGACCCGGACUCUGAAAUGAUACAGAUGGAAAAUUUCAAUUCUGAAGCAACACAUGAGGUUGACAUGAACACUGACGAGGUGGUGCUGCAUAUGGAAACCGAAGUGAUCGAUGCAUCUGGGCAGCAGCACUCUGGAGACUCGUCACCUGGGCCAAGCGCACCGCAUGGUGAGCCUCAGCAGUCAACGCCCAGUUCAUCCCAACCGGGCUCAUCGUCUGGAGAGUGCUCGACGCCUGAUCCCAGCUCAAAAUCUGGUGAAUGUCCGCACUCGGCAUCCAAGGCUGAUGAGCUGCCGGGCUCGGCAUCGUCUGUUCAGCAGCAGCACUCGGUGCGCUCGGAACCUGGGCCAAGUUCGCAGACUGGUCAGCAGCAGCACUCGGUGCACUCGGAACCUGGGCCAAGUUCACAGACGGGUCAGCAGCAGCACUCGGUGCACUCGGAACCUGGGCCAAGUUCGCUGUGUGCUCAGCAGCAGCCCUUGCCUCACUCGUCCUCAGCUGGUGAGCAGCAGCAUUUGGACCCAGCAGCUGCGGGAGGUUCAUUGCCCACCGAGGAGCAAAACCCAGGCUUAUCCUGGUAUUGUUCGAGUUUUGGGCCCACUGGGCGGCCUGGCAAGUGGCAAUUGGAUGACUGUUUCGGAUGGCAGCCUGUGCCUUUUCCAAUGGACUUGUUGCCUGCAUGGCUCUUACAGCAAUUGCAGCAGCAGAGCUCGAGCUCACAGCUUAAUGAUCGGCGGCAUCCGGUGGCGCCCAGCUCACAGCUUAGUGACCGGCGGCACCCCGUGACGUCCAGCUCACAGCCUCGUGAUCACCAGGUCCCACCAUUGAGCUCAAAGCCUGGUGAUCGGCAGCGGCACCCAGUAGCGUCUAGCUCACAGCCUGAUGAUCAGCGGCGGCACCCAGUGGCGCAUAGCUCACCGCCUGGUGAUCACCCGCUCCCACCAUCGAGCUCACGGCCUAGCGCUGGUCGCCCACCACCUUGUGUCCGACCUCUACACUGGGAUCAUCUGACACUGGAUUACAAGCCUCGACGUAGAUCAGACUCAAAGCCCGGUUAUCAGCAAAACACGGUGGGAAGUAACGAGCAGCAGCCUGAAUCGAGCUCACAGCCUGAUGAUGACCAGCAUCCUGCAAUCGCCCCACAGCCUGAUCAGCAGCGGCAAGACGAGGCACCCCCCACAUCAAUUUCUGUGCCAGACUCUGAGGCUGGUCAGGACUCGGUGUGCCAUCCGCAUGUGCCAGACUCGCAGCUUGAUCAACUCGAAGGAGGUCACGAGGAUCGAGCAUGA